AUGACAGUCUCGGAAGACCAGUUAACCCACGAGGAGGUGUGGGAUGAUUCGGCCCUCAUCGACUCCUGGAAUGAAGCUUUGGACGAAUACAAGGCACGUCAGAACCGCGCUUUGGUCCCCUCGACCAACAGGAGCGACCGGCCCCCACAGCCGCGCGCGUCUACCACCUCGAAUCAGAAACGCGGAAAGGCGAUCAGCCAGCUGAGGCAGAUCUGCCACCCGGUGGCGUGGAAGAACCCCAUAAAGUCAGUCAAGUCCUGGCCCCGUGGUAUCCGCAACCCUGCGGGCAUCCUGUUGAGGCCACUGAGGGUCACCCCUGGAACUGCGCCCCCAACAGCACUCGUGUCGGAGUCGAGGGACACUCCAGGAGAUGCGACGGCAGUGGCAUCCCCACAGGUGCUGCUUGGAACAGUGCAAGAUGAGGGUCUCAAGAAACUUCUUAUGUCGUGGUACUACGCGGGGUACUACACAGGGCUGUAUGAGGGGCAGCAGCAGCAGCGUACACAGCCGAGCGCACCGUGA